GAUCACAACCAGAGGUCACAACAGUAUUAAAAAUUACUUAAAAUGUCUGAGUCUAGCAGCAGCAGCAACACAAGCGCAGCUCUGGUUGGGUUUCUCUCUGACCCUGCCACUAUAGCAGGACUGGCCGCUAUUGCUGUGGGCACUGCUUGGUACCUGUCCUCUCGAGCUCCAGCUCCAGUAAAGCCUCCAGUUGCAGUGGACAAUCAGAGUUUGGAGCUCACUGGAGGGGAGCAUGCUCGAAUCUCUCACUUUUGUAAAAAGAACGAGUUGAUUUCGUAUCGGUUUGAGGAUGCCAGAACCCUAUAUGAGUGCUUCCAGCGAGGCAAGAGAGAGUCUAACGAUAGUGAUUGUCUGGGCUGGCGUACUGGACCUAAGGCACCCUAUCAAUGGAUGCGGUACAGUGAGGUGGAGGCCAGAGCAGUGGCCUUUGGGGCAGGUCUCUCCAAGCUGGGAGUGGAGCCAGGACAGGAAACCUAUGUUGGCAUUUACUCUCUCAACACACCCAGUUGGGUGAUCGUGGAGCAAUCUGCCAACUGCUUUUCUCGCAUUCUGGUCCCUCUUUACGACACUCUCGGCCCUGAUGCUGUCUCCUACAUCAUUAACAAAGCCACAAUCUCUGUGGUGGCGUGUCACUCUAGUAAGGUCUCACUGUUGUUUGAUCAGGCUGAGAAGGCGCCCUCUCUGAAGAUGCUCAUCAAACUGGACGGUGCGGUCACAGAAGAAGAGACACAGAGGUCCAAUGAAACGGGUAUCACAAUCCACACCAUGGAGGAGGUUGAGAGGCUUGGUCGUGAGAACCCAGUGGACCUGUUCCUGCCCACUCCGGAGAAUGUGGCCACUAUUUGCUUCACCAGUGGAACCACAGGUGACCCCAAAGGAGGCAUUCUAACUCAUGGUAACUUGGUGUCCAACAUCGCUGGAGCUUACAUUCAAUUGGAGUCUCUGUUCAGUAUGAACAAGGAGGACACUCACAUCUCCUACCUGCCCUUGGCUCACAUGUUCGAGCGAGUUGUACAGGCAAUGGUGUUCAUGUGUGGAGCCAAGGUGGGGUUCUUCCAGGGAGAUGUCAAGCUGCUCAUUGAGGACAUGCAAGCUCUCAAACCAACUCUUUUUGCCUCCGUACCCAGACUCCUCAACAGGGUCUACGAUAAGGUGGUUGCUGGAGCGUCUGCUUCCCCUAUCAAGAAGUGGCUGUUCGAGAAGGCACUUGCUUCCAAGAAUGCGGAACUAAAGAGGGGCAUAGUCCGUCAGGACUCCAUCUGGGACUACCUGGUGUUCAAGAAGGUCCAGACUCUGCUAGGAGGGAGGGUGAGAUUUAUUCUCACAGGAUCCGCCCCCAUCUCUGGGAAGGUGUUGGACUUUCUCAGAAUCGCUGUCGGCUGUCAGGUAUUUGAGGGUUAUGGUCAGACUGAGUGCACUGCUGGGUGCUCUCUCACUCUCCCGGGAGAUGUCUCUACAGGGCAUGUCGGACCACCCAUGCCAUGUAAUAGAAUCAAGCUUGUUGAUAUCAAGGACAUGAACUACUUUGCCUCUAAUGGAGAGGGAGAGGUGUGUAUAUUUGGCCCGAACGUGUUCCAGGGCUACUUAAAGGACCCAGACAAGACGGCUGAGGCCAUUGACAAAGACGGCUGGCUUCACACCGGGGACGUUGGACGAUGGCUCCAAAAUGGCUGUCUCAAAAUUAUUGACAGGAAGAAGCACAUUUUCAAGUUGUCUCAGGGUGAAUAUGUGGCUCCUGAGAAGGUGGAGAUUAUUUACAGUCGCUCGACGCUUGUUGCCCAAGCCUAUCACUAUGGAGACAGUCUCAAGUCUGCGUGUGUGGCCAUCAUUGUGCCUGAUGAGGUGGUGCUGAUGAAGUGGGCUAGUGACAAAAGCAUAGAGGGAUCCUUUGAGGAGCUCUGCAAGAAAGAGGAUGUAAAGAAGAUGAUCCUUGACAACAUCACUGCCCUUGGUAAGGAGUCUGGUCUCAAGUCCUUUGAACAGGCAAAGGCCAUCGUGCUCUUCUCAGAGCUGUUCUCUGUUGACAAUGGUCUGCUAACUCCCACCUUCAAGCUCAAACGACCAGCUGCCAAAACGUUUUUCAUGGAGUCUUUUGUCAAAAUGUACUCACAGCUGCCAUCCUAACUGAGCUGCGUAUACACUCCGAUUAGCGGACUGACACUAAGACUGUUUGUUACAUGUAUAACUGAAUCUAAGAAUUGAAUAGAAGCUUAUCGUCUCACAUAAUUAUUGUUGUAUGUUUUUUGUGAUCUGUUCAAUCACAGUGCUGUUGUAAUUGGGGCGAGCAAAGCAAGUCUCUACCUAGUC